AUGCUGACGUUCAAGCAAUAUACUAAAGUUAUCGACGUCUGGUCUGUGGGGCUGCAUCUUGGCCGAGAUGCUUUCUGGAAAGCCUCUGUUCCCCGAUGUUCUCGGGACACCAACGCUGGACGAGUUUUACGCCAUUACCACACGCAGAUCGCGAGAUCAUAUUCGAGCUCUUCCUUUCCACAACCGCAGGCCAUUUGCGCAAAUCUUCCCCAAGCCAAUCCUUUGGCUGUAGACUUCCUGGCGAAGACUCUCACAUUUGAUCCCAAGAAACGCAUAACAGUCGAAGAGGCUUUGGCUCACCCAUCCAUUGAAGCAUAUGUGUACUUCUUGCUCCUCGAGCGCACUUAA